AUGGGACUGGAUGCCCUGAACAAGCUUGCAGCGGCCGGUGAGGCUGUCUACCAGAACAUCUCUAAAAAAUGGGACGAGAGAAAGCGACGACAGGCGGAAGAGGCAUGGCUUGCGAAACACGCUGAAGAAAUCCGUCGAAGAAAUGAAUUUCUAUCUCUCGUCACGAGUAAAGUGACAGGCGACUCAGCCCUCGAAAUGGCACCUCUAAAAUGCAAAUGCAAUCCGCGCGAAACUCAAAGAGCGGUAUUCCUCGUCACAACGCCCAUCUCCUUUGGCGUACUUGAAGUCUCAGAAGCAAGCUACAAAUUGCUAGCGAGACAUGUAGGCAUGAGUCUUAACAGUGACAACAUCACAUUGGACUAA